GAAUAAAGCAGAGAAGAAGAAAAUCUAAGUCAAUUAUUGUGAAAAUCAAGUUUCGAGCGCCAUCGCAAACUUCCAACAGUUGAAGAAUCUCUGUGUCGAGACGCAAGAAGUGCCCAGGCGGCUGUCAGUAGGAAAACCUACGGAUCAAGUAGAAUAAGUGCGACUAUUUGCAUUGAGGUUAUGCAGCCCCGAGAGCUGCAAAACGUUGGAUAUAGACAAGCUAAGUGAAGUGAACUUCACUAAAAACGACUGAACUAAUUAUGUCUGACAAAAUGUUAGAUACAUCGCAGCUCGUUAAUGGAGUGGCGAUUUUACUUUCAUUUUAUGUUGGGUACAAAUACGGAAUAUCAAAUCUCCAGAAAAAGUCGAAGGAUGAUCCGGGAACGUCGUCUGAAAACAAGAAUUCUCCCACAUUCUCGUACUCAGAUUUCGGCGAUUAUAAAAUGCUCCUCGUUGUUCGAAAUGAUUUGAAAAUGGGAAAAGGCAAAAUUGCUGCCCAAUGCGGCCAUGCAGCCGUUGGUGCCUAUCAAUCUGCAAUGCGUCGUUGCCCACAAAUGGUUCGAAGCUGGGAGAAUAGCGGAUGUGCCAAAAUUGCUGUGAAGGUGGAGAACGAACGAGAGCUUAUGGAUAUUAAAAAGGCAGCACAAGCCAAUAAUUUCAACACAUGCCUUAUACGUGAUGCAGGACGUACUCAAAUAGAACCUAAUUCCAAAACAGUAUUGGCGAUUGGACCAGCUCCAUCAGCCGACCUUGACAAAGUAACGCGGCAUUUAAAAUUACUUUGAAUAUUGAUGGUUUAAUACUGUGUGAAUAAAAUAAUAAAUCGAAUCGCAAUAAUUUUGUGAUAUUGAUAUAUAAUA